UGAUCUCUCUUUCUGUCGCAGCCGUUCAAUUUUCGCUUCUCUAGGGUUAGGGUUAUUCGAUCUCCUCGAUCGGGCCCUUUUUGUUGAUCGAUCUCUCAUAGGCAUUUGUUUCCUCUUCGAUUUAUGUUGAUUUCCCUUUGUGAUUCGCUCUAAUUUUGUCUGACUAUUCUUGGUUUGUUUUUUUUAGGGUUUAGGUUUCUUCGAUUCGUUAGGGUUCGUCUCUAUGUGUGAAUUCGUAGAGGGUUUCGGUGUUUUACGUGACUUCGAGAUUGUCUACAAGAGUUUUAUGCUGUCAAUUCGUCGUUUCCUCGGUGAAUUGGGAAUUUAGGGUUAGGGUUUUCUUGUAAAUUUAGGGCUUCAACCUGGUAGUCAAAUUAAUUUAGGGAAACGUCUCUUCCCAUACUUAAAUAAAUUUUAGUGCCUAAUUAGGUGCUUUCAUCGUCUUAAUUGAGGCUUCCUAGGCUUUUAAUUCAUCUCCACUUUUUUCCAGUUCAAUUGAAGUUUCAAUUCAUCACAAUUUAGAAGUAAUUGACUCCACCUAACAUAAAUUUGUAUCCAUUUCAUCAUUAGUUGUAAAUGGGAUUUAAGCGCCCUUUUGACAGUGAGGAGCUGCAGGAACUUCCUUUCAAGCAUCCAAGACAGUUUGACAAUAACAACAAGUUGACUCAGUUUGCUAAUACUAUUUCCCAUAGCUAUACUCAUCAGAAUCCCCAUAUUUCAGUUGAUGUUGAGGGUGGAUUUUGUAAAUGCCAAUGGGAUGAAGCAUUUGAAACUGGUGGUCUUAAUGAUGAAAGACCUUCGGUUGAUAAGGAUUUUGAGACUAGUGCUCCCUUGUCUUUGAUCACUAGCAUUUCUAGUGAGGAAGAUGUAGAUACUGGGCCGGCAGCUAUUUCACCUAUUUCUCCAGAAUAUUUUGACUUUGAUUUCCCAAGAAGAACGUUGGGCCCUGUUGAGGAUGCCUAUUCUUUACUCUUGGAUCGGUCUCCCCGAAAACAGGUUCCGCUUGGGCCAAAUCAUCAAGCCAAUGUUCCUUCAUUGGGUAGGCACAUAAAGAAGGACAAAUUUGUUCAGAAUUGUGCAUCAGACACCAAUGAUAUUGGCUAUGAAGAGAUUAUGAUGGGAACAUGUGUCAUUCCAAUGCCUGAUUCAGAUUUGUCCGCAAAUGACAGUGGCAAAGUUGGUGCUGGAAGAACUGAUUGUAGCUGCCUGGAUGGGGGCUCGUUGAGAUGUGUGAGACAGCAUGUCAUGGAAGCACGGGAAAAACUGCGAAAAUCCCUUGGGCAUGAAAAGUUUGUGAAGUUGGGGUUUUAUGAUAUGGGUGAGGAUGUUGCGUAUAAAUGGAGUGAAGAAGAAGAAGAGAUCUUUCGUGAGGUUGUUUACUCUAAUCCUGCAUCCUUGGGUAAGAAUUUCUGGAAGCAUUUCUCAAUGGUGUUCCCAUCACGAUCCAAAAGUGAGCUUGUCAGCUAUUAUUUCAAUGUCUUUAUCCUUCAGAGACGAGCUGUUCAGAACAGAUCCAGUAUUCUGGACAGUGAUAGUGAUGAUGAUGAGUGGCAUGGAAGUCAACAGGUUUAUGAAGUUAAGGCUUCAGAGGAAGAUGAAGACUCUUCUGCUAUUGAGUCCCUUGCUGCUCAAGAAGGCCUGUCAAACCAUGAAGGUGAUUGUCUUGGAGAUGAUGACGACGAUGGCAGUGAUGAUGAUGAUGAUGAUGAUGAUGACAGUGGUGACUCCGAUAGUAGUAGCGGAGAUGGAAAUUAUAGCAGUGCUGCAGCAAGAGGGGAUUAUGGUGUAAAUCUUAUGUUAAAAGGACCUAUUGCAAAAUCAUUUGAUGAGAGCAGGUUUGAUCCUGUUUUUGAACAAACAAAAAAAGAUUUGGGACGAGUAGAGGAUUUCAAUGUACAGGAUGACUCAUGCAUGUCUUUUGAGUUUCAGCCAAACAUGGUUGACUCUCAUAGUCUGAUUGACACAAAGGCCGAUUUGCAUGAUAGUCAAAUGAAGACUGACCUUAGCAAGUGUAUGCAGGCUAAAGUAGACGGGUCUAGUGACCUGGUGAGCCAUGUCUAUUUAUUGGAUACCUGUGAUGCAAAAAUCUGGGACGCUAGAUAUCCUACAACUGCUACAGAAGGUAUUGAUCUCCAGCCUACAUGCAACAUUAUUGAGGAGAUUUUUGGACAAGACACUUGGGAUAACAAAAUGAGAAAUGAAUAAGCAUCUAAUAAUGGCUCUUGAAAAGUCCGAAUCUUCUCCUUCGAGGAGGCUAAGACUUUCGGUUUUGACUUUUUCUUUUUUCUUGUUUACUCAUAAGUUCAUUUAGCAAAUGUAAUUUGCUUCAGCAUGUUAAAAAGUGCUCUUAAUGAGAUCUUUUCUGCUUUUGUAAAUGGCAUAGCAGCAAAGCACUCUUUUCUCUCUGUAGGGUCGGAAGUUGCCGCAUGCAGGUAGUCUUUUUGUGAAUUAUUAAGCUGAAAUUUGUUAAGAAUCUUUUUGUGGGUAAAGUUGCAGGUAGUCAAUGAAUGACAUUGACUUGUAUAAAAUUACUGCUAAUACCUGGCUCUUGUAUAGAUGAUUCAUUAACAAAGUUAUAUGUAUAUGUUUGUUCAGAGGCUUUCAUGCUUUCUUUUCUUCUUUCAUGUUUUAAUAAAAGAAAAUAAAGUUGAAAAUGCUA